AAGUCACGUAAAGGAUCCUCAAAGAAGUCCAAAACUCGCAAAAGGCCCGCCGCUCAAGACGAAGGCUGGUACACCAUCAGGCGCAUUCUUGAUGAGAGGACCACAAGAGGUCGCGUCGAAUACCUCGUUGACUGGGACGAUAAUAUCGUCACCGGCCAAGCGUAUGAUCCGACUUGGAGCUCUGAAGUUACAAAUUUUGCCAGAGUGGAAUGGGAAAAGACCAAGGCUCGGCGUCUCGGAGAGGACCUUGAGCUCGAGCAGCAGCUUGAGCAGCAGCUCGAACAGCAGCUUGAACAUCAAUUUGAGUCGAAACCAGGGCCGGACCCGGAGUUAGGCCCGGCGCAGCAUCUGCAAGAUCAGCAGCAGCCAAGGCAGCCAAACGACCAGGAACCGGAAGCACAGCCGGAGCCCACAUCAGACCAAGAGAGCGACACGAGCCAUCCGCCACGGCCUGCUCAUCAGCGGCGCAUCGACAAAGCCGGCGCACAGAAGCGGCGACGCUCAGCCUCCUUGAUUUCAUCAUCUUCCACCUCAUCCUCUAUUCCACCCCGUAAAGUCCCCAGAAGUGACACCUGCGGGUCUGUUUAUGACGAGCCUCCAGCAUCUCUCGUGUCAUCACCUUCAAUCUCUACGCCAUCCGAACUCCCAGAGGUGUCCGACGUAGAUCUCUCAGAAUAUCGUUCACGAGCUACGUCUCUGGUGGUGGAGAUCCCCAAGAACUCAAAUCUUAACCCGGCUGAUUACUUAAGUGUCCUCGGCUCUCAAUCAAGCGGCAAGUCUACACAGUCGCUGGCCGAGCUCGAAAACGAAGACAGCCGCGUUGCCAUUGUGCGAAACUCCCAAGGAACUGUUCCAGACUCGCAGGACGUAACGGAUCGAUCCUGGACACAGCAUCAUAUUUCAACCGAAUCAUCACAGCCACCUGACCGGUUGAUUGAGUCUCAACUUCAAGAGAGCAUACCCGAGUCCAGUUCUCACGUCAUUCCAGACUCUUUUGAGGCACCUUCAAAACCAACAUCAGAGGAAUCUGAUAAGGCAAUUGAGAGACGACAAAACUCCUCUCUAUUUAAUCAUAGCCUCGCUCACGCAUCAUCUGAGGACUACAUUCAAGAGUCCCAUGAGACUGUCAGUUCAGACAUUCCUUCUCAUCAGCCCGACCAAUUAACGGCGGCCGCGGGAGCCGCUAGCCCUGUUCUGUCUGAGUCGUUAUCACACAAUACACCAGAUCGCCGUGCUCCACAGCCUCCGGUAUCAUCAGAGGCAGCAGUGUCAAUACAUACACAAUCAGACGCAAGCCCGAGGUUUCUUACUCAACCGUAUUUUUCACUCGUGUUGGAGUGCCCAGAGAGUUCUGUGCCCAGUCGAAUCCUCGAAUCACCCGCUCGUCCUGCUGCGGAGAUCGUCUCUACAAUCCGCUCUAGCACUCUAUCUGCGUCAGACCCAGGGGGUUCUCAAGCUGCCCAAAUAGUUCCUCGCGUUUUCGGCGCACCGUCCCAUCAACUUACGGAAAGUAAAUCCCAAGAAAGCCAGUCUGAGUCCGACGCAAAUCAUCGUCAACACGUUGGUGAGAACGAUCAAACUCAUAUCUCCGUCUCACCUCGUCCACAAGAGGUUACCAAUCUCCCAUCACAACAACCAGUCCUGAUCGUCGUGGAAGGCCAUCUAGAAGUCAUCAUAGGCCAGAGGAUGGAAAACGAGACCCCAGAGCAAGCCGCUGAGAGGCGUCAUCGGACGCUGGAUGCAGAGCUGUCGGAAAUAUUCAGCUUACACGAAUUUGACGGCGAAGCUGAUUCUACGUCGCAUCCAUCAGCACCCCAUCAGAUGCCACUCGAUCAGGCUUUGGCCGGAGAACCUGCUGAGCAUGGAGCGCCGGUAGAGAGAGGCGUACCCAAUGCGUACACCGAGUUACCUAUGCAUUCAACUGAUUUACCCCACGGCGCCAAAUCAACUGAGAGCAAAGAGGGAGAAUCUUCCGAACAUAUAACAGCCGCUGGAGCAGCUGAGAGGACACAAGAUGAGGGGGAUACAACAACCUCAACAGUUGGACCACAAGUCUCAACUCCACAGAAACCCGUUGCAGCAGUAUUGGCAGACAUAUUUGGCCCAGCCUUUACUGGAGCAGAGUUGGAGCAACAACCUGUGACUGCCUCUGAAUUUAUACAGGCACAGCAAUCUACAGUCUCCCUUGCUGACAUCAGUCGCCAACCAGAGCCAGCCUACAAAGAUAUCCCUCUGGUAUCCUUUAUUAACCCGGAUGAAACUAUGAUGCAAGGACCUUCAACCGAUACUGCUCAUUUGGAGCAGGUUCAACGCGAGCAUAGCCCCGCCGAAUCAUCGGCAUCUUUCGCCCCGUCAGGAGUCGUGGAGCAUAUCGUGACACUCCCUUUUCAGGCAAGCUUGCGUCAGAAGUACAACGACAUCAUAGUCGAAUUCAAGGCUUCGAUCAAGGAGUUUAAUAGGUCUUUCAGCGACGAGGACUACUCAGAGCCAGAUCAGCUCCUAGUAAACCGCAUCGACGAGCUCUUCAAUAUUUUGUUGAACAUAUGUGAUUAUCCCGAAGAUGUGGUGGGAAGCGACCUUGAAACGCUACCUCCAGCAGAGCUAGCCAAAUAUUGCUGCGAUGCUAACCCAAAAUUCAACUUCAUAUUUGAACUUUUGAGCGGCAUUGAGCAUCAUUCAAAGGUUUUGAUCGUCGCUCGCUCACCAGAUCUCCUCCGGCUUCUUUGCCAUUUAGCAGAAGCUCUCAGAAUGCAAUUCAGUUGCGAUGCUAUUGGUAAAUCGGAUUUCUCUCCCAGCGAUUCCAACUCUAAACUGGUUCUUGCACUGCCGACCGAAGUUGUUGACUCUCGGGAAUUCGACGUCGUGAUUGGAUAUGAUCAUUCUUUUAGAAACUCGGCCAUCGCACAAGGGCUAACAAGCUCUGGCGACAACAGGCGGCAACUCGUCUUGGUUCUAGUGACAACUCAUUCCAUUGAACAUAUUGAUCUUCAGAUACCAGAUGACUUGACUCUAAUAGAACGAAAGAGCGUCCUGGUAUCUGGAAUUGUGCGCGCUCGGAAUCUGGUGGCCAGUCCCGAGCGUGGCUACCAAGAGCCACACGAGAUUGCCGCCCUAUUCAUAGAAUUCCUGGCAAGCGAUCAAGACACGCCUCUGUGGGAUGCCAUCCCUGUACCAGAAACUAUUCUUGACGUCUAUGUCCAUUCCCAAUCGCGAUCACAGAUGCCGGUAAUCACCCAUCAAGAACAGGAAAGUGGCCGCAAGCGCAAACAUAACGAAUCAGAUAAUUUUGAGAGCAAAAGACCACGGGUGCUUUCUACGAGUGAGGCGACAGCGGCAAUUGGGACAGGCCAGGCUCCAGUAUCCGACGAAGUGAGGGCUAUGUUGGCUCAAUAUGCUACUGCAGCUAGGGAUUCUUCUCGACCGCAAGUAUUAAUCAACGUUUCCCAUGCAUCUCUGCAGAAGAUGGCUGAAAAGUUCGCCGAGUAUGAGCGUAACUUGGAAGCUACUGAUUGCGACCAGGAAUAUCGAGAAGUGAUUUCAAGCCUUGAGAAGCGGGUCAAGGAAUACGAGAGAACAACUCACAGAGUGUAUGAGGCCCAGCGUGUUGCGCUGCAAGACCGUUCUCGGUUCGAAACCGAAAGGAACAAAAUGGAGGCAGCUAUGCAGUCUGCUGCAGCUCAAUCAGAAAAAGAAGCUGAAAAGGCAAAGAAGAUUAUUACGGAGUUAGAAGCUACUGUGGCGCGACUGACGGAAGAUCCCAAUGCUUCUGAUCCACAAGAUACACCCCUGGCAAAAACCGAGAAGCUCUUACAUGACGCACAAGCCAAGGUUUCUGUUCUCGAGAAGCGGCUGGAGAAUGCCCACAAGGACGCAGACUACAUCCGGAAUUUGUACCAAGACGCUGCCUCGACUGCGUCUGGGUUGAAAUCAGAAAACAACCAACUGAGAAGCCAAAACGAGGACCUUGCUAAGAAGGCAUCUGAAAACUCGGUCAAGAUUCAUGAGAUCCAGGAGCGAGAAACUGUAAAUUUAUACAUUGCGCAGAUUGCAGAUCUCAAGUUUCAGUUACAACACCGAGAGAGAGAGCUGGACCUUGCCAAUGAAGAGCUUCGGCAGCUCAAGAACGGCCGGCGGGAGACCCGACAGUCUAGUGUACCACGGAGUCCACGCAUGGGAAUGCGCAGCCCGCUUACUCGAACAUAUGGAGGUCCAGGUAGUAGAGGGGCCAGCCCAGCUCUGGGAGCUGGCAUUGAAGGGAUGCAGCUCUACGGACAGCAGCCAAGAAACAGCAGAUACGAUCAUUUAAGAUAG